UGCGGUCAAUCAUCAUGUUAAAAAAUGUCUUAGUGCAAGAAGAGGACAAAAUAGUGCUUUGCCUGGAUUUGUGAGCCCCCAAAGGCUAUACUACACAAUAGGAUUCGUAAAAUUACAAUGAGGACAGUUGGAGUGCCCUCUAAAAUUGCUCGUCUUGUCAGAUUUAGGGGCCGGGCUAUUCCUAAUAACAUUCCAGACACAAUAUCAGGUCGAAUGUCAUUGUCAUAAUUUUAUCACCAUACGGUCUACACCAUGCGUUGGUGUAAAAUGUCCAUUGCUGUGGCAUUUUUUCUUUUCUUUUUCACAGUAGAAACCUAAAGGUGACAGAAAUAUCUACCUCUGGCUGUCAUUUUUCAAGAAGCACUUGUGCUUAGUGUGGUUAGAGUGCAAGUAAAUACAUUCAGUGUACAUCACACCAUCCUGUCAUCUAGGAUGUAUGGACAACUUCAUAAAGCAGUAGGUGUAGAAAUAUGAGGCGUGUGGCGAACCUACACGUGUAGAAUGUCGUGCAGUGUCCCUCGCCUAGUACAGUUGUCGCUAUCUUCCCCCUUUGCUUCCAUGCAUACUCUACCAGUCACGAGAAAUUCUCCUGUGAUACUGUGAAUAUAUAACAUGCCAGGCUAAAGUCUCUGCAAGGUGAACACCACACUAGAACUUUAUUCUCAACAUCACGUGUGAAUAUAUAGACUUUCUCAGUUUCUAUCACAUUGUGAUGGGACAGUCUACCUGAAAAGCAUCAAAAGAGGACACAAUCAAACUUGCAGGAUUCUUUACCGAAUGGUUCAUACCAGGUAGUUGUCUGAGUGGAAGCUAUAACAUCUGCAACUGCUUCUUUGAAACUGUUGACCAUGUAUGAUGAUAAAAAGCGUGUGGAAGUUGUGGGGAAUGUCAAGACAUCCAAACCACAAGCUAGGGAUCAUCGGCGUGUUCUAUGGAAUGUAAGCAAUCAGCACCACAGUCCCUAUUCACCCAGUCCUGCAGCUGAUACGGCUGGGCUAACUGACCCCGAUCAAUGCUGCACACAAUCCCAUGGCAGUCCGAGUGAACUGCCUGCUAAUGUUACUAACGUUAGCAGUCUGCAACUGACUGAACCUGAUCAGCGCCCUGCAUGUACACAGCCCUAUGAGGAGGCUAUCCAGGCCGGGCAGCAGCUUAGCACUGCGGACCAACAUGAUGAAUAUGAGGCCUGCAGUAUACUGGUGCGCAAUAUCCCACAGGACAAAACACGGUCGGAUGUUGAAAGUUACUUCUCUGAGAUAGGAGAGGUACGCCGUGGUUGCAGCACCAUGUUCGUGAACCCAGCUACAGACAAGUUCACUGGUGUUGCCGAUGUGGUGUUCAAGUCCUGGGCGAGCGCCUUACAGGUCCUUUCUUGUCAGUAUCUACUAAUGAGACCUAGCGUAAUUUCAGUGGAGCCUGCUGAAGUGGCCGGGUAUGACCGUUAUGAACAUGCGAGGAGGACCUGUGGGAACCGCACUCUGCCACCGCUGCCCAUACAGCUCCGCAGAGUCAACUUGAGAGGCAGUCCGCUACACCGCAUAAUGCCAGUGACGGAGAAUGGCGAAGAACUGCAAGUCCUAAGCUACUUCUCCAGGAUGACGUGUGCAGAGUUUGAUGAUGCUUAUUCCCUAUCCCAGAUGGUAGAUGGACUCGUUAGGGAUGAUGGCAGCGAAGAGUAGCCAGGCACUGCGCAUCAGCUCAGGAUUGCCUCUGAUAUCUGUUACCAACCUGGAGACUAAAAUUGCCUACACUCAAGCAGUCACUGUGUCUGGUCUGCGACUGGUUUUUGAUGUGGUUGUGUUUCGAGUAUACCUAUAGCAUUUGUGUUGCUUCAAGUAUGGCUUUGAUUUGGCAUUGCGUUCCAAGAGUAUGGAUUUCUUUUUGUUUGCCGUCAUGUUUCCUGUCAGUAUAUGUUCCUGUAGUGUUGUGGCGUUGGCAUUAGCAUAAGGCUUGUCAUGCUGCACAAGUAAUGCAUUGACGUGACCGUGUCCGGAGCUAUUUCUUUCCCAGGCCGCACAAGCAUUCAAGCUUCUUUUGCUACAUACUACAUUCACCACAACAAGGCAACCAUUUUGUGUCGUUGUUGUCUCGUUUGCAUGCUCGUCUUGUCAGUGAACGGUUUGCUCCAACUCCGACUAAGCAACCAUGGUCAUCGUUGUUGAUGGAUUUCAGGCUUUUUUUUUUUCAGCUGUUGUUCUGGUAAAUAGCACUGUGACGUGCCACUGCACAACAUUUGCAUCAUUCUCUGUCAUGCUAAGCUAUCAUGCCUACUGCACAGCACUAUCUAUUCAAAAAUUAAACAGUCAUUUUCGUUUUAAUGCAAUGAAUAAAGCUAUGUGUGCACUCAUAUCACAACCAUCGGGACGAUUCAAGUACAUUGUCACAAUGCACUUGCCGAAUUUCCUAUCAUUUCUCACCUGUAUAGUCACGUUUUAUUACCAGUGCACUUUUUCCCAAGUUUGUGCUAUUCUUCUUACUUCUCUUGUAUCCUCGUUUUUCUUUUUCACUCCAAGUGUAUAAAUCCUAUUGUAGUUUCAUCAUUCUCUUUAGUCACGAAUUCCAUUGAUAAUUGUGACAAGAAAACGUUCUGGAAUACUUGAAUCGUCCCGAUGGUUGUGAUAUGAGUGCACAUACUUCAAGUAAUUCAUUGCAUUAUUAAGAUUAUUGUGUCCAUGUCGUCAUUUACGUUUCUUCGUGUAAGUUUCUAAUCAAUAAAUAGCCCUUUGAACCUAAA